AUGAAUAACACGAAAAAGAUUAAUAUAAAUUUUUCAUCGCUCGUUGGUUUAAAAGCAGAGCUUUUAAAAAAGCAACAUGAAGUAAAUGAAGCGAAAUUGAAAUCAGAAAUUAGUCAUAUAGCAUCAAAGCUACAAAAGAAGAAGUCCAAAAAAGUUGAAGAGGAAUCUAAAAAGGAAAAUUCAAAAAUACCAGAGUAUAUUGAGGAUGUUGAUACCCAUAAAAAGUCAAAAUUGAUGCUGGAGGCAAAAGCAAGAUUAUACGAACGAUUAAAAAAAUCCAGAACCACUAAUGAGAAUUUUCUUGUUGACUUUACAAAUAAAUCAGAUGAAUCUGAAGAGGAACCAUUAUCAAAAGAUGAAACUGAUGCAGUAUUAGAAAAUGAGGAUGACUGGGUCGAAUAUGAAGAUUGUUUUGGCCGCACAAGAAAAUGUUUACGGGAAGAUUUGCCUUUGAUGCAAGAAAAGGAUCAAUUGAUUAAACAACAAAUUAUAAAUAAAAAAGGAAUUGAUCCAAAAACCAAUGAUGCUGUUGAUCAAAAUUAUGUGGAAGAAGAGAAAGAACCUGAAAUAGAAAUUAUGAGGAGAAAAUGGGAGGAACAAACGCAAAAACUAGCUGAUAAAGUGAAUAUACAUUAUCAGGAUAUUUUAUUUGAUGAAGCUAGAACCCAUGGUGUUGGUUAUUAUGCAUUUUCACAAGAUGAGGAAGAAAGAAUUAAGCAACAGAAGAAUCUGUUUAAUUUAAGAAAAGAAACAGAGAGAAAACAGACAGAGAUAAAAGAAUUAAAAGAAUUGAGACAGAAAAUGGAACAUAAUAGAUUAAAAGCAGCUAAAAUUAGACAGUGUAUUAGAGCAGGAUUACCUAUAGAUACAAUAGAGGAAGAGUUUAAAGAAAAGAAUGACAGUGAAUCUAGUCAAAAUGCAUCAGAAAAUAUGCAUAAUACAGAAGAAAAUUUAAUCAAAGUUAAAGAAACUAAGAAAGAAAAUAAUGAAAACCAAAGUAUGGAAAAAAAUAAAGAAUUAGAAAAAGAAAAUAAAAUAAAAGCUUUAGGAGAACUUCUAGGCAAAAGAACACAUUGGUAUGAAAUGUCUCAGGAAGAGUGGGUACAGAAAUGUAGGAAAAUGAGAGUUACUGAAUUUGGACCAGUAUAUAAAAAUUCAAAAAGUGCUGGUUAUUUAAAUUCUGAAAAUGCUGAUAUACCCUUGAGUAUUUAUAAUGACAUCAAGUCUCAUCCAUAUCAACAGGAUGCUACAGAAAAUGAAAUAGAUUCUUAUGAAAAUGAAAUACAUUCUUAUGAUAUACCACUUCCUCCUAACUCAAGUACAUCCACAAAUGAUUCUAAUACUGAAUAUAAUAAUGUGACUGAAACAAUAAAUCAAAGUAGUUCUACUUCAUCAAUUGAUCCUGGACUAUAUAAAUCAAGUAAUAUUGUACAAAAUCAGAUGAAGCAAAAUAGAAGUAUAGAUGAAGCAAGUAUAACAGCUGGUCUCAAAUAUUUGAGAGAAAAAUUUGAAAAAAAUCAGAACAGUUGA